AGGGGAGUGAGCGAGCAGUUCCAUCAUCAGUUGGCAGUGCCAGCCGCGGAUUACGCAUCUCACGCGGCGCCGCCACACACCACACCACACCGCGAUGGCCGAUCUCCACCUCCUCCACCCGCCGGAGCCCGACACCAACGGCGGCGGGGCCGCCGCCUCCGCCUCCGCCGCCGCGCUGCUCCUCCCCGCCGACCCCGCGGCCGAGGCGGCGGCGGCCGCGGCCGCGCCGGACCCCCCCGCGCCCCCCUACUCCAAGCGCCGCCGCCGCCCCAGCGUCCGCCUCGGCGACAUUGGCGCGCAGGCCACGGCCUCCGACGCGCAGCUCCCGCGCCGCCACCGCAAGCCGUCCUCCCACCCGCGCCCCCCGCGCCGCUCCCACCCGGACGACGCCCUCGACCCCGCCGCCCGCGCCCGCGGGCCCAAGCCCGGCCAGCGCCGCCCGCGCACGGCCUGGAUCCCGGCGCCCCACGGCGGCGCCGACGGCUACGAGGACGAGGAGGGCCACCACCACUACUACGACGACGCCGACCAGUCCGACUCCGCCGCCGCCGCCGCCCGGGCCGCUAGGGUUUCGGGCAGCCGCGAGGCCAGCGUCGACGAGUCCGACGGCGUCGCCGACUGGGGCCUCCCCAACGGCGGCGCGGCCUGCUACGGCGGCGGCGGCGGCGUCAGGGCCUGGCUCGACGGCCUCGGCCUCUCCCGGUACGCCCCCGUGUUCGAGAUCCACGAGGUGGACGACGAGGUGCUCCCGCUGCUCACCCUGGAGGACCUCAAGGACAUGGGCAUCGGCGCCGUCGGCUCCAGGAGGAAGAUGUUCGCCGCCAUCCAGAAGCUCCGCAGCACCGACACCGUGUCCUGAGUUGGGUCUGCAAGCUCACCGAUUCUCAGAAAUACAGAAAAGGAAAGAAAAAGGAGAAGAUUAUCCGGUCAACUGGCUAAAGGCAUAAAAGGAAUGCUAGUGAUGAAUGCCGGAGAGGGGGUUGCCACUGAUUACUGUGGCAGGGUGGCAGCAAAUGUGCCAUGUCCUGUGCAUGCCGCUGGGGCUUGAUAGCGCCACAACGGCAGGCCAUGCGCGGUGCGCUCGCUGUCAAGGUAACUACUGGAAUGUUUUGUUUGCAUUAUAUGUUUGUAAACAUGUUCUGUUUGCAAGCAUGUAUGUCUUGUAUGUAAGGUAAGGGGCUUACCCGAUGAUGAUCGCCGGUCCUUGGGUGAAUUCUGUUGAGCACUAGGUAGGAUGAAUGAAA